AAUGUUCUUAUUUCUAAGCCUGCUUCCUUUUUUCUUUAUUCAUACUACUUUCUCAGUCUCCCACUGUUCUAAAUUUACUUUACUGCAAAAGAUUUUUCCUUUCCAUAACUUCAAAGCUUGACCCAGCUGCUGUGAAACCUUAGGCCGUGUCCUCCUGAGAAAUAUAGCAAGAAAGCACUUGGCAGAAGAUUAUGGGGAAUGAAUAACGUAUCUGUGUGUGUGUGUGCAUGUGUGUGUGUUUUGAAGAAUGUUUUAAAGGCAUUUAACACAAUCUCUUUUUUUCUUCCUUUAUACAGUUCUAUGUCUUUAGAGGUUUAAAGGGUUUAGAGGGCUUAAAAUGCAGCUUUGUAACCAUUUUUAGUACAAAAUAAAGUGAAAUGGGUGAGGAUAGGUUUUUAUAUGAUCUUUAGAAUCCUUAGCACAAUUAUGGUUGCUCUGGAAAACCAGCUUGAUGGUAAUUUUGACUAGGGAUGCAUCCACAUUACAUUCUCUAAAAGUUAAUGGUAUGAUACUUUCCUUGAAAUGGUAUAUACCUUAUGAAGAAUAUUGAUACCAAAUGUGUUGGUAAUCAAUAAGAAGAUGCCUCCAGGAGUGCAUGAAGUUUGUGAAGACACUGUUGAGUGUUGUCACCUGAGAACUAACUUGGUAAGGAGUAAAUCUGUUUCUGGGUGUAUUUGUGACCUAAGCCCGUUGACUUGGCACUUUAGCCUGAGGCACAGAAAGGUUUUUUUUUUGUUUGUUUUUUGAAAUUAGAUUUUUACCAUGUAGUUUAAACUGGCCUUGAAUUUUGUACCCUAGGCUGGGCUUGAACUCAUGAUGAUCCACCUGCCUCAGGCUCUCAAGUGUUGGGAUUUAUAGAUGUGUGUCACCAUGCCUGGUAAUAAAGCCUUGGUGUGACAACUUCAGGUUAGGUCACUGGUGCUGUUAGUUUGAAUAGGCUUCUGGAUUGAUUGGCAAGCUCUUGCUAUAUAGGGGAUAAACAAAUGGAUCUACUUGGAUUUGGAUUUAGGAUUCAUUCUUCUGGCUGGUAAAAUCAAGCUGAUGAUUCUCACAGUUACCUCGGAACUGGUUGAGCAUAACAUGUUCCUAAAUCCCAUUCCCAGAAACUCUAAAUUGAGAGAUUGGAAAUCAAUAUUCUUAUAUGUCCAUAUUAUACCUGUGCUUGAUGUAGUUCCCAAGCCUUUAUUUGGACCCUACACAGAUAAUUGCAAUUUCAAGACUUAUUUAUAUAUUUAUUUUUGAGACAAGGUAUUAUGUAGUUUAGUUUCUUUGUUUGUUUUUUGGUACCGGGGGUCUGAACUCACUUGUACUUGCCAGGCAGGAGCUUAUGUCACUGAGCUAUAUCCUUGUUCCCCACCCUCACUUUUUUAAACAGUGAUUUCUGACUUAAGAACAUUUGGUUUAUGAACUUUUCACAGUAUGAACAGACCUCACAUUAGGAACAUUUGUGGAUACAAAUAAAUUACAAGAGUAGCUCAUGUGUCUCCCAGACAUUGUCACAGUGGUGCUGCUGUGUGCUUAGUGUACAGUGUGGUGUAGUAUAUAGUAAUACAGUGCUCAGUAAGCCCAGGAUGCAAGAAGCAAAAGGAAGAGCAGCGGUGGUGUGGAAGGAGUGCUAGAAGCCAGAGCAAUAGCCAUGGGGACAAAAGUGAAAGCAGUGAGGACUCAGGGGUUUGGACUUGGGAACAAACCCAUAUGAACGUUGCAGUUGGGGACUUUACUGUAUUAGAAAUGACCAUGUUGUCUCUGGCCAUACCACCCUGAACGCACCCAAUCUUGUCUGAUCUCAAGCUAAGCAGGGUCGGGCCUGGUUAGUACUUGGAUGGGAGAAAUGACCGUGUCCUGAAUGUAAAAGGAAACUAAACUUCAUGUAUGCAUGUCUGAGUGUGGACCAAGGAAGUUCUUUGUCCUGUAAUAAUUUGAAAGCAAGCCAGGUUAUCCACUGAUCUUUAGAACCACAAAUAACAUCAAGAGAUAGAACUAUAAAAUGAUAUAUCAGCAAAUUCUAUAAAAUACUUGUUUUAUGUGCUUUUUAUAAAUUUCUCCCAAAAGGCUUGGGUCAUAGCUCUGUGAUAGUUUGUCUACUGUGCCUAAGGCCCUGGGCUCAAUCUCUCGCACAAGGGAAAACAUUUCUCCUUUUACUUUUCUCGAUUUUGUUUCAGUGUUUUUAUGUCAUCCAUAUGAAUUGUUGGUAAGGCUGGGAGGCUGAGUACAGGUCAAAGGCAGAGGAGAAAGAGUAAUUUGUUCUGUAUUAUGGUGCCUUUAGUUUUAGUUUAGGUGGAUGAGAUGUGGGAAGCUUUGUGAGAGUGCUUAACAGAUGGUUCACAAAUUAGUGUGGAUCAUUAAAGUUAAAUCCAAAGUGACGUGUAUGUGUGGGUGUGGGUAUCUGGGGCUAGCCAGUAUUUUAAGAGUCAGUACACAAUGACGUGGGUAUUAUUUCAGCAAAUUUUCUAAGAAUUUUAAACGUGAGACUAGGUCUUGCUGUGUUGCGUACAUUGGCCUUGAACUUCUGGCCUAAGCAGUCUACCUGCUUCAGUUUUUUGAGUAGCUAGGACUACGGGUGUGCAGCACUGCUACCGGCUUGGAGUUUACUUUGGCAGUGUGGUGUGAUAGGAGCAGCAAGGUCAGCUGUGAGCUGAGUUGACCUUGGCUUUAUUGCUGGGUAAAGGUGGGACCUUGAUACCAAUCUUUAAGACUUGAGAAUCUUCUCUAGUUUUAGUAGUCAGUAACUUCUGUCUUGUCCAUUCUUGUUUGAAAAUAUUAUUUUAAAACUUCUUGGCUAUCAGAUUGUAUCUUAAUUUUAUUGUUUGUUUUUAUGUUUUUUGAGAUGGAGUCUUGCUAUGUAGUGCAGAAUGGCAGUGGGCUCAAUAUACAGCCCAGGCUGGCCCCAAGUCAUUACAGUACUGCCUCAGCCUCCGUUAGAAUUGGAGGUGUGUGCCGCCACACUGGGUUUAAUUAUUUUUUGUAAAUAAUAAUGGGGAUUAAAUGUAGCAUCUUCCUUAUUAAACUAUACCCUAAGCUUUUUAUUUUUAUUUAUAUUUAAAAAUUUAUUUUAUUAUUAUUUAUUUAUUUUUUUGGUCUUUUUAAGACAGGGUCUCACUAUGCAGUUCAGGCUGGCCUUGUAGCCCAGGCUGGUCCCAUACUUGCAAGGAUCCUCCUGCCUCAGCCUCCCAGUGCUGGGGUUACAGACAUGCAUCUCCAUGCCUGGCUAUUGUAAAAAAGUUUUUUUUUUUUUUUUUGUCUUUUUUGAGACGGGGUCUCGCUAUGCAGUUUAGGCUGGCGAGCUCACUUUGUAGCUCAGGCUGGUCUCAAACUCCCAACAAUCCUCCCACCUCAGCCUCCUGAGUGCUGGGAUUAUAGGCAUGAGCCACCACACCUGGCUCUAUUUUUAAAAAUUUUUAAAAAUUGCUCAGGCUGGGCUUCAGUUUGCCUCAGUUUCCUGGAGUGCUAAAAUUAUAGGCAAGUUCCAUGAUGCCUGCUUCAUUUUUCCUUUCUUCCUUUUGAUGCAUUUUAAAACUUGAUGGAAUACAUAAAGAAUACAAAUUUUGACAUUUUAAGUUCUAUACUCUUAGCUUGUGAGGUCAGCAUUGAUUCUGCUGAUGAGUAGAAAUGCAAGGAAGAGCCUGCUCUAGAGGACUUGGGACUGUGUGGCUCCUGUUGCUGAUCAGAAUUUCUAUAUGGCUCCUGUUGCUAAUCAGGAUUAGCAAGUGAUACCUGAAUUACUCUCAAGUAGGACUUUUAACUUUUCUUCCUAGGGAUUUUUGUGUGUUUUGAAUUUUGCUUGAAACGUAGUAUUACUAUGCAGUUCAUGCUGCUCUUGAACUUGAUAUGUAGCUCUAGCAGGGCCACAAACUCAAGAUCCUUCUGCUGGGAGUAGCAGGUAUGUGUCACCAUGAGUAGCUUUUCUAGAAUCAGAUUUGGGGCAGAGGUUUAUCAACAUCCUCCCUUUUACUUCUGAAUAUCCUCCCUUUUACUUCCUGUUAUUGUCAUUGUACUAGUCAUCCCCCCGCCCCACCAUGCUGAGGGUUGUACCAAGCUACAUCCCUAGUACUUCUAUUUUGUUUGGAGACAAGGUCUAAGUUAUUCAGGCUGAACUUGAACUUUUGAUCCUCCUGUGUCAGCCUCUUAGAACACUGGGAUUACAGACAUAUGCCAUCACAUACUCCCACAAUUUAGUAUAUUUUAGUCAUGUAACUAUGUUUGUAAAGAAGUUUUUAGUCAGUGAAGAUAGGUUUUAGUGGAAAAAUAUGUAGCAUUUCAUUGGUAAGUGUGUCAUUUGAAAAGUUGCUACCAUAAAAGUAAUUGACAUUGCCACUGGGAACUUUAUCUAGCUAAAACCCCAUGGAAAAUAAAUUUAAGACUAUUAGUCUUGCUUUUUAAAACUGUACUUUAUUAAUAGCAAAUAAAACAAGUUCUUGUAGCAAAAUUCUUUUAUCUCCAUUAUUGAAAUGUGAGCAGAUAUUUCUUUGGUAUGCUGAUGUUUCCUUUUUAAGCCUAGGAAGAAUGUUUUGUUUGGUGUUCUUUUGACAUUUUGCUAACAGCCAAUUCCUUGUGAAAUAUAAUUUUGCUGGUUUAAAUGUGAGAUUUUAAAAAUCUGGAAUCAGUGUUCCUGAUUGAAAUAUCUCUGCUGAGACUUACUUUUUACAAAUUUGUCCUGCCAUUUUGUGCCAUGGGCCAAGUUUUGCAGUAGUGGCUUCAGAUUUAGGCCUGCUCUGAAGUGUGGAUUUUGUCUUUUUUUUUCCAUACUGGGGAUUGAAGUGUGGAUUUUGAAGUCCCUGUCUCACAUGUAAUGCUCUUGUUGCUAUCUUUUAACGUAAUGGAAACUCAUGAAGAGGAGUUAUAGAGCUCGUGUGCCUUUUGCUGUCCCAGCUCUGGGAGCUGUGAGCCUUUUGCUUUAUCAUAGCGUUCCCGUCAGCUCUGGUUCCUGUUGAGAGGUGUGCUCUCUGUGCCUGCGCUUGUCUUAAGGGUUGUUUUAUAUUCAUACUUGCCCUGGCCAUUUGUGUGUCACCUGUCAUUGCUAGAAUGUCUCACAUUGCAGGAAAAAGUGUGUGUUUAUGGUUUGGGGGUGGAUUCUGAUACUACCUUUAUGUUCUUCAUGUGGAAUGCUCUCAUUUCCUUGGUUCUAAAUAUGACCAGCCAACUCCGCAGCAACAGAUUUCCAUAGCAACUUCACAGAGGAACAGUCUUGGACUCAGGAAUAGCUGCCAAGAUGUCUCAGUUGAGAUGGGAAUUCAAAGCUAGUAAUGGCCUGUCCACAAACAUGCUUAGCUGGGGAGAUCAAACUGGGUCAGGGUGAGUGAGCAUUUGGGUUAAAAUUUUCCUACAAUUGAACACCUUGGCCUAAGAUUCACUUGCCUGACAUCAGAACCUGGGUGGGAAUUAGAAGUUCUGUACCUGUUUUAGGGAUGUCCACAAAUGCCCUUAACCUUCUUCAGUCACUGCCCCUGCAAGAGCCUGCCCGCCAGUCCUGCAUGCACCAGUUACCCCUUCCUUCCCUAGGGCUGUUCUUGCUUCUUGAAGGGCUGUUCUAAACUCACCCUCUCUAGAUUUGCUCUCCAAUAUUUGUUCUGCUCUGGACGAGACUGCUAGUAUGUUGAGCCUAAUGGGUGUGACUUUUGCUUUUCUUGCUGGUUCUCUAGUCUAAAUACAAAUUGAACGUGACACCUCAGUUUUCUUUCUUCCCUCCAGGUUUGGAAAUGGUGCUUUUCUCUGUCCCCUCCAGUUCUUGGUGCUGAUGGUGCUGAGGACAGGACUCAGGGCCUUGUGUGUGCUAUGUGCAAAAGCCCUGCCACUCUACCACCUCCCUGAGCCCCCUUUGCUUUCCUUUUCUUCUUUCUUUUAGUUCGGUCCCUUUUUUUCCUUCUUUGUCUUAGCCUGUGAAUAUACAUAGAGCUGCUUGCUCUCCUGGCUAAAGACUUCUAAUUUUAUGGGAAAAAAACCAAUUUCCAACAAAAUAGAAUAACAAUAGUUAAUACGUUGCAUAUUUUCUUCAAUAUAGUUACUCAGAGUACAAGAUAGGGGCAUAAGAAGUUCUCCGAAUGAUUUUAGCACGAACCUUUCUUUUUAAUGAAGAGAAACUAGUAGUAUAGCUAUCUUGUACUUUUUUUCCCUUUUCCCUUCUUUCCUUUCCCCCACUCUAGUUCUCUUUCCUUCUGAACAAUGUCUUCCCAUUUCACUGUAUCUGUUCUACAUUUUGGGCUUUAUUUAUUCUCAGUUUCUCACAUCAGGGAGACAAUAUGAUGUUUACAUGUGAAUCUUGAUUUAGUUCCCUUGGGAGUGUGGUCUCAAGUUGCAUCGAUUUACUUGGAAAUGUCUCAAGUUUAUCCUUCUUUAUGACUGAGUAGUGAGUGCUCUGUUGUAUAAAAAGACCACCUUUUUAUCCAUUCCUCAGUUGAUGGACAUUUAGGUUGUUUCCAAGAUCUAGCCAUUACAAAUUGUGCUGCUGUAAACGUGGGUGCACAUAUAUCGCUGUGGUAUGAUGUUUUUUGUUGUUUGUUUUUGUUCUUAUAAACAUUUUUUUCCUCCAAAUUUAUUAUGUUUUUCUGUAAUGAUGUGAAAAGUCUUCAUUUCCCUUUUAUCAAGUGUUGAAGUUCAAGAAGUCAGGUCUUAACCAUAGGCUAAUCUUCAUCUCUUCAAUGAGUUGUAUGUCAGUUUAGCUUCAUAUAUAUGUAUAUUUCUUCAGAGAUUUAUACAUCAAUAUAUGUGUGUGUGUGUAUAUUACUACACAGAUGUAUAACAAGCCUUUUAUCCUUAUUUUACCACCUGAGAAUACAACUUUAAGUAUGUUUUACACAGCUGUUUUUGGUCAAGGUCAUUUGCAAGAGCAAGUUGGUUUCUAAAGAAAUCUGUGGAUUCUCAUUAGUUUUUUCCCCUGUAUUCUGGUCCAUUGGACCUAAAAUUUCUUUCAUUCUUUUUUUUUUUUUGGUACCAGGGAUCGAACUCAUGACCUAGCACUUGCCAGGUAUGUGCUUAAGCCACUGAGCUAAAUCCCCAGCCUAAAAUUUCUUUUUUUUUUUUUUUUUUUUUUUUUUUUUUGUCUUUUUAGUUUUUAUCGGUACCAGGGAUCGAACUCACGACUGCCUGCUUGCAAGGCAGGCGCUUAUGCCGCUGAGCUAAAUCCCCAGCCCCUCCUAAAAUUUCUUUUUAAAGAGCUUGUGGAAGGCUCUGUAAAAGCCCCUUUCUAGUCUUGCCUGGGAUUUGGAUCACUGAAAAAUACUUGUUCACUUUCUCUUUCAUCCUUUGGACAGAAGCAGGUGGGGUCUUCUAAAUGCAUUUCUUCUAAAUGUGUCUGUUUUCGCUUUGGGGUCUUCGUUGGGGGAAAAAGGUCUACUGGCAGUGCCAUGAUUUAUGUCAGUGGUGCCCAGGCCUCAUGCAUUUGCAUUAUGCAUUUGUGAUUGGUUCAUUGUCUAGAGCUUGGAUUGAUGGUGUCAGUGCUCCACCCACAUAGGGGUGGAGCCAGCAUACAAUGUAAUGGCAGGAAGAAGGUGUGUGGCUAUCUUGGCAGUUUCCACCUUGCUGUUUGCAGCAGCCAUGAACUGCAGCCCUACCAUGCCAACCUGCCUUGGAGCCAACUAAAUAUGAACUAAAACCUCCAAAAACUGUAAGAAAUAAACCUUUCCUUUCCCAACUUUGGGUAUCAGGUAUUUCGUUUCAGCGACAAGUUAAAAAUAACUAAGACAAAACUAAGAGUUUUGUACUGAGAGUGGGGUCAUUUACUGUGACUGUACCUAACCAUGUUUUUCGAGAGGCUUUAAAAAUGGCUUAUAGACAGUUUUAAAAGAUUCAGACAUGUUUCCUAGAUACAUAGAGCUGGAGCAGCUUAGGCUGUUCAAUAAAAGAGAUUCUGUUCAGAGCUCAACCAAAAAGCUGAUAAAAAGCCUCAUGAUAAAGACCAAGAUUGAGAGGUUUCUGCUUAAAAAGAUUACUACAUUGGUUGUUACACUCACCACGAUGUGUGUUAUGGCUUAGCCAAUGUUUGUCUACAUUUUGCUCAUGUCCAGAGACUUUGCCUAAAACUGAGACUAAAGACAAUAGACUGAUUAAUCUGACAAAAAAAAUUCAAGACAGUCAAAUGUUGAGGCUGUGACAGGGCUAUUGUUGGAGGCUUUUAGCCAGCUUUAUGUUGCAAAUCAAAAACAACGCAACAAGAUAAUUUACAACUCUGUGAGUUUGGCCAAAAAAACAAAAAAACCCCACAAAAACAUCUCCAAUAAGACUAUAGAUUAUAAAGACAGUUAAAACUUCCUUUAUAGCCUCAAAACUACAAAAAUAAAAAAAAUUUGCUGAUGUAUUGCAGACGACGACGACGACGACGACGGUGGCGGCAGCGGUGGUGGUGGUGGUGGUGGCCAGGAGCCCCUGCGCUCAGUAUGAUGUUUUUAAUUCUUACAGGAAGAUACCCAGAAGGGUGAAGAGUUGGUUCAAGUGGGACUUUUAGUCCAGAGUUUUCCUUUUUUCUUUCUUUUUUUUUUUUUUUUGUCUUUUUCCUUUUUAUCCGUACCAGGGAUCGAACUCAUAACUGCCUGCUUGCAAGGCAGGCGCUUAUGCGGCUGAGCUAAAUCCCCAGCCGCAAGUCCAGAGUUUUUGAGGAACCACCAUAACUGAUUUCCACGGUGGUUGUGCUAGCUUACACUCCCAGAAACAGUAGAGAAGGACCCAUGUCUAACAUCAUAUGUUAAACUAAAGUCAAAAUGGAUCAAAGAUGUAAAUAUUAAAAUGAAACCCGAAAUCUACUGGAAGAGAAAAUAAAAAUCUUGAAGACAUAGGUGCAGGCAGAGACUUCAUGAACAAAACCCAGACCUCCUGAGAAAUACUACAAAGAAUGACUAGUAUCUUACUAAAAAGCUUUUGCACACCAGGAAACUACCAACAGAGUGAGAAGACAGUCCAGAGGGAAAAAAUUUCAGCCAGUUGUUCCUCAAAGAACUUGUAUCCUUCUCAGGGAUAUAGCUCAAUGGCAUAAGUGCUUGCCUGGCAAGCAUGUCAUGAGUUUGAUCUCAAAAAUACUCAUCUGAAAUGAAUACGCAUGUCUCAAAUGAGGAAGUACAAACAGCAAAUAUAUGAAAAAGUGUUUUAAUAUCAUUGGUCAUUUGAGAGAUGCACAUUAAAACUACUGAGAUUCCAUUUCUAGAAAGAAUGGCUAUCAUCAAGAAAUCAAUAACUAGUGCUGGAGGGGUUGUGAGGAAAUAGAUGUAUUUCUUAUAAAACUUAGUUUUGAAAUAAUUAAAUUUAUAAAAUAAUUGUAAGAAUAAUGAAAAGAGCUGAACAUAUGGCACACUCCUGUAAUCCCAGCACUCUGGAGGCUGAGCCAGGAGGAUUGUUCCAUCCUGGGCUACAAAGUGAGCUCAAGGCCACCCUGAACCACAUAGUGAGACCUUGUCUCAAAAAGACAGAAAAAAAAAAAAAAAAAACCUGAAAAGAAUUGGGCAUUGGUGGCACAGCUAAGGCAGGAGGAUCUGAAUCUGAAGUCAGUAGGAGGCAACCUGUGAGACCCUGUCUCAAAAAGGAACUAAGGUUGUAUCAGCAUGGAGACCUGGGUUCUCAAUCCCCAAUACCCCAAUACCCCCCCGCAAAGAACCAAGAACUCAGAUUGACUAAUUAUAAAUAUUUUCCCAAGUUUGCUGUAUUUAUUUGUCGAACCAUUUUAAAAUAAAUGACAGAUACCUUGUUCUUUUACUCUCAGGAAAUGUACCCUGUAUCCUAAGAGAAAGGAAUUUUCAUUUAUAACCAUAGUAGAGUUGUCAAAACCAGAAAACAUCUUAAUACAAUAUGUAAUACAAAGUCCAAAAUUUACAUUUUAUCUGAUUUUUAUCAAGUAUCAGACCCUAUAAGUGUUUUUAUUUUUCUAGUCUGGAAUCUUAAUUCAAUCUAAUUUAUUUUAAAUUAGAUCACUUAUUACUUUUAGCUGUUGAGUCAGAGUCACCUUCAAUCUGUGAACAGUUCCUUAGCCUGCCUUUGUUUCACAUGACAUUGGCAUUUUAUUUAAUUUUAUUUUUAAUUAAUUAAUUUUUGUUUUUUUCAGACAGGGUCUCACUAUAUAUUUUAGGCCAGCCUUGAACUCACUGGAUAGCUCAGGCUGGCCUUGAACUUUGCAGUAGUCCUACCUUAACUUCCUGAGUGCUGGGAUUAUUGGGAGAUUCUACCAUGCCCUAGUAGAUUUCAACUUCGUGUGAGUGUGUCACAUCAGGAAAUAUGUGAUGUCAUUUGUCUCCAUUGUUGGUGAUGUUAAUUUAUUAUUGUUUGUUAACAAAGAUAUUUAAACAAGGCAAAAGGUAAUCAUUUACUUUCUAUAUUCCCAUAAUCACCUUUUUAUAGAAUUAUAAUAAUGCACAUGCCUUUUGUUAGUGUAUACUUUUUUUGCAAGGCAGGUGAUUAUGCCGCUGAGCUAAAUCCCCAGCCCCUGUGUGUAUACUUUUUUUUGGUACUGUGAAUCAAACUCACGACCUCACCCUUGCCUGGUGGGUGCUUAUAUCCCUGAGCCAAAUCCCCGACCCAGAAAUUGACCUUUUUAUAAACAUACUUGUACAGGUUUCUUUCUUUCUUUCUUUCUUUUUUUUUUUUUUUGCUGGUAACCUCUAAAUUGCCAUUUUCUGUGGGCUUCUUUCCCUUAUCAAAACAUGUCAUCCCCUAGUGGUCUUUUGUGGGUUUUUGUUUUAUUUUUUUGGUUGUUGUUUCCUAAAUGUACCUCUCCCUCAGUAUCAACUCCUAUAAUAUUCAGAUUUUUCUUUUUUAAUUCUUGCUGUGCAGUUCAGGCUGGCCUUGAGUUCACUAUGUAGCCUGGGCUGGUUUUUAAACUUGCAGUGAUGGGCCAGGGAUUUAGCUCAGUAGCACAAGCACCUGCCUAACAAGUGUGAGGUUGUGAGUUCCAUCCCUGAGCUUGCCGUCAUUCUCCUGCCUCAGUCUUCUGAGUACUGGGAUUACAGGUAUGUGCACCAUGACUGGCCCAUUUUCAGAUAUUUUGUAGUUUUUUGUAACCAGGCCCCCUUUUCUGGAGAUGAUUUCAUCAUUUCUGUCAGACAUCCUGGCUCUUGGCUUUUAAACCUCUUUGCUUGACUGUCUCGCCCUCAGUCCUCACAUCUGAGCUGCUGUCAGGACAGUAGUAGGUUGAGACACUCUUGGCCAGUCUUUUUUUCUCUCUGUCUUGGCCAGUCUUGGUCUUCCUUCUCCUCCUUGUCUCGCAUCUCGUGCUGAGAAUUUUUUUUUUUUUUUUUUUUUUGUCUUUUUUCGUUUUUAUCGGUACCAGGGAUCGAACUCACGACUGCCUGCUUGAAAGGCAGGCGCUUAUGCCGCUGAGCUAAAUCCCCAGCCCCAGCCCCUGAGAAUUUUCUUAAUUGCCCACAUCCUGUUCAGUUUCCCUGGCCACACAUUUAAGGUGUUUCCUUCUACUUUGUCUUUCUCCUCUUCUCACCUGUUGUGUUCCCUCCCCUGGGCCUCCCAGAACCCUUCUGAUGGACCUAAGUGGCUCAUAUGGCCAGGCCCUCUGCACGUCUCUUUCCUGACUGCUCCCUGCCAUCCUUGGGUGACCCUCGCUUCUGCCUGGGGACUUGGGAUGGGACCGGACUGGUGCUGCAGUCUCCUAACACAGCACAUGCCUUCCAUUCUCAGAGCAGAGCUCAUGUUGCUGUGAAGAGUUUCCUCAGCUCUGGGCACAGAACGGGAUGUGAGGGGGGAUGCUGUGGAAGGUCAGGGACUAGUCUGGUCCUCUCCCACCUCUUGUGCAUGUCUUUGACCUUUGGCCAUGUGCCCGCCUCUGGAUCUUAGUUUCCUCAUCUGAAUUGUUCUUCAAACACCACAUGGCCCCCUAAUCCCCUUCUGGUUUUGUAGAAAAUGUGAGGCCUUUAAGGAAGCCCCUCAAGAGGAACGGAAGUUAGUGGGACAACUCCUUUUCAUCGGUGAGAGAAAGGCUCAUUUGUCAACUUGCAGGAAGCUGCCUGCUGGAGCGGUCUGGAUGGGAAGACCAAUGGUCAUCAGAUGCUUGUUCCAUUUUCUCCCUGGACCCUGUCUUUAAUGUCUUUUUGUGACCUGGCUUGCUCAAUUCCUCACACACACUUUUCAACGACUGGAGUUAAAACAACCGUGAUUCCUUAUUUUAGGUCCAGACGAAUGUCUGCUGAGGACUUAGAGGAGAGCCCGCAAUCUGAACAGCUGUCUAUCCCAGAUGAACUUCAGGACAAGGAGGCUCCCAGAUCCCCACAGCCUGUCGUCCCUAGCCCUAUUCCUGACACCCCACCAAGCACGCAGCUGUUUACUGGGCUGCACCUGGCUGAGAUGGAGAAAAUGUUGGAGGAUGGCACUGGCUCCACUAGAGCCAUAGACCUGGAAACUUUCAUCAGGAGUAUGAAGGUUCUGAGCAAUGCGUCAGAGGAGGUCCUGGAGUCGGUGUUUUUCAAGGUGGAUUCGGAUGGUACUGGCUUCAUCACCUGGCCGAAGUAUAUAAACUACAUGAUGCGUGAGUUCCAGGGCCUGGAAGAGAUGAGGAAGAGCCAAUACCGCCUCCGCUUCCACCUUCCCAUGCGGAUCGUCCCCGUACGGCAUGGAUGUGAGAUCGUGAAAGUAGAGGUUUCAAUACAGCGGUUCAAGAAUAUCAAGUGUUUCCUGACUGUCACCAAGAAUGGGGUCCUGCAGUUCUGGUCCGACUCCUUCUUGCUGCUUAGCUCCUUUAGGCUCAACCAGACCCAUCAGCCCCACAACCAGCAGAUGUGGGUCAUCGACCUGGUGUGCCUGUACAACAUGAACCUGAUUGCGGUUUCAUCUACUGAACUGAAGAUAGAGUUCUUCAAUAUCAGUAACUAUAAAUGUGUCCGGGCCUUCACGUUUACUGAACUGGACAGCUGCAUCCUGGUCAUGAAUUACUGGUCUGAUUAUCACAAAGGUGUGUUCUGUCUCGGGGACACAAAGGGCAAUGUCAUUGUCUUCACCUCGGACAAUGUGGCCAAUGGGCUGUUCAAUCCAAGAGUCCUUCCUUGGGCCUCCAGAUUGGAUAGAUGGGUCAGCGUUCCCAUGCAGAAACUGUUAAAUGAGAAGUCCAUUUUGCACAGAAGUUAUUGGCUGCCGGCUCUCCAUCCUAACUGGUGUCAGCAGGUCAAGUACGUUCCUGAGAUGAACAUGGUGGUCUCCUGUUCAGCUGUUGACAAGUCCUCAAUGGUGCUGACAAUGUUGCCAGUCAAGGACCUGGAGAAGCCCAAGUUUUCAGUGAUGAAUUUAAGAAAAGGCAUUCUUUGCUUUGAUUACUGCCCAGAGAAGAACUUCCUGGCAACUGGUGGAUAUGACUCCCACAUCCGCUUGUGGAACCCCUUCAUCUCAAAAAGGCCUGUGUGGUUGAUGAAGGGACAUCAGACCUCAGUGACACACAUCGUUGUGGACAGCAAGAACAACAGCAUCCUCAUCAGUAUCUCCAGGGACAAGAACAUCCGCGUGUGGGACCUGCAGGACCACGUGUGUCUCCAGACCUUGUCUGCGAAGCAGUUUGCCCUGGGAAACUACCCCAUCACCAGUAUCUAUUUCCACACCAAUAGCAGUACCCUCGUCUGUAGUACCUUCUCUAUUGGCAUCAUAAAAGGGUACUUGGAGGCCCACGGGCCUACGAAAUCAGGGAAGAUCACAACUCACAAUUCAGUCCUGUGUGCUGUCCUCUACAGCAAGAUCUUCAAGCAGGUGGUGAGUGGCUGCCAGAAGGGCACAGUGAGCGUAUGGGAGAUUACGACCGGGAGGAAGAUAAUGGAGUUCUCUGUGUCCGAUGCUCUGCUCGUGGAGCUCACUGCCAUGGCCCUGGACGCAUACGAGCGGUGUCUGCUCACAGGCUUGCUGGAUGGGACGAUGAAGAUGUGGAACCACAACACUGGAGAAUGUCUGCUGACUUUUCCCAACCCUGACCAAGUGGAGAUUAGUGGCCUCGUCCAUAUGAACAAAGUGUACUACGUGACCGGAUGGAGUAAGAGAAUCACUAGUUUCAUGUUCCACAAGACCAAGCCAGUGCUCUUAUGCCACCACUGGCAGACCUUCCACACAGAGGAUGUGCUCUGCAUGGCCAAGUACCAGAACCAGUUCCUUGCGACCUCCUCCUACAAUGGGGACAUCCUCUUCUGGAACGUCAACAUGUUGAAGCCCAUCUUGAAUUUCAAUGCCUCUGUGAGCCCCCUGCCCUUACAGCCCGUGAAGGUGCAAGAAGGGGAGAGAUGCGUGGUCUGUAGCCAUGGACCCACCAAAACCUGCAUGGAAAAGAAAUGGGCACAUAAGACCUCCAAGAAGCUCCCUGGCUGUGGCUGGAGGACCAUGGGCAAGGCCAACCCGAGGCGGACCCUGAUGUCGGCUCCUGUUGUGUCGAGACACCCAGGCACCAAGGAGCAAGAAAGGCCUCAGUCCUAUCAGGUAUCUUUCGGCACUGGAAGAUCCAAUUCAUCAAGGAAGUCCCUUUACAAACAAUCAUCUUACAGAGAGGCUGAAAUGGGAAAAGAAGAAUCCCAGAAGAAAAUGUUGCUGCAGUCUAAGAAAUCAGUGGAAAAGAUAAUCUUUCUGCAGACCAGGCCUCGCCUGCCACACACGGCUGCCAUGCUGAGCAGCUGCACUGAUGGUUACAUCUAUGCUUGGUCUAUCCAUGGAAAUGGAGGCCUGCUGGGGAAGUUCCCUGUGGACCUGGAAGAUAAUGGGGAUGUCGUGGGCGCCAUGGCCACUGAUGAAAAUGACUGGAUCCUUAUCACAGGAGAUUGUAAAGGAUGCAUCAAGAUAUGGGAUAUCAAAGAUUACUGCACAUUUAUUGGGCAUCCAUCACCCCAGUCCAGUGGGGUGAAGAUCUCCAUUGAAACAGAGAACAAGUUCCGGUUCUUAAUUCCUGAUCGGCUCCAGACCAACAUUCCAUACUAUAUUCCUGUGCAGGAGAAGGAGGUUGUGAAUGGCCAGACCAUUUCCCUGGUUCCUCCCACACUCCUGAUUACCUGGAAAGGCCAUCUGGAGAGUGUGGCAGAUAUCCUGUAUGUGGACAGCUUGCAGCUGAUCAUCAGUGCUGGCCAGGACUGGGACGUCAAGGCUUGGAAACUCUCUGGUGAUGCCAUUGGGACAUUUGGCCUGAGUGUUUGGAAAAGGUUCCAGAAUGCCACCCUGGAUGGUCAAGAACAAAGUGCAAGCCUAGAAGAGAAAGCAGAUCCCAAAGGCAUCGCGCUCAAGGCCUCCCGCCAGGAUCUGCAAAGGGAUCUGGCAGAGGCACUGGCAUACCAGCAGCGGGAGCAGGUGGUCCUGAUGGCGCUCCUGAAUGGGAAGGAGGAUGUGGAGGCCAAGGCCUGGACCCGACUGCAGCGGAUGGCCCAGCUGUCCCCGUGGGCCCGACAGUACUCGCUGAAGGAGAUCGAGGAGAGUUGGAGCCAGUGGGAGUCCAAGGGCCGGCAGGUGAGCAAAGUCGUAGGAGCAGCGUAUAAGCCCAAGGAAAGGUCUCAGAGUGCUAGACUCCUGCCCGCCAACGUGAAUUACAGCUCUAUGAAGCAGCAGAUCUCACCUCAGGUCUUCCGAGGACUUUACUUCAAAGAACUGACAUCUGUCCAGAAGUUUGACUUCCAGACGCACCGGGCCCCAGACCGGCAGGGCCAGAGCGCCUGUCAGCGGCCUGACAUCCAGAAGGAUUUAGAGUCUGGCAAGAAGCAGAUCUUUUCAGACAUCCCAGCUAGUGCACUGGCUGCCAUCCUUCCCUAUGCCCCUCCAUCUACCCAGUGGCAUCAGCCUCUAGGCUGCUAGACCCCCAACUUGUUUGCACCCCUGAGGCCCCAGUCCUUUGUCCCUUGCGGCAGCCCUCGUGAGUUUCCAUAGUCCAGUCCCACGGCUCGGCCUUGCCUGGGGGUCUGUGUCCAUCCUGCAGAGCUCAGAGAGCCUGAGGCCACUGCCUCCUCUCUUGAGCAACACCCUAGGCUUCUGGAAGCCACCCCUGUGUUCUUUGGGCAGAGAGGCCCUGCCCUCCUUUGCAGUACUUCAGGGCACCCCAACAGGCUCAGGGGUGUGGAACUUUCCCUGAUGGCUCUGCUCUGCCUUGCUGGGGAAUUUCACAUGUCUUCUGGCUGUGCACAGUCAUGAAGAAAAAAAAUAAAUGUUCUCUGAUGUCAGAA